AAAUUAUUUAUCGAUAAUUCUAACAGAAAAUGAACAAUACGAAGUAAUACUUCAAUGUUUUUGAAUAAUUUUAGAGUUUAUUAGACGUAUAACUGAAAUAAGUAGUAGUUUUGUGAAUACAAAAUGUGCUUAUUAUUAUGAAAGAAUAAAUGCUGAUAAUAAUAAACGAAUAUCUUUGGUGUGAUUGCCUUUUCCCAAAUAUGUAGCACAAAAAUACCUUGGUUUGUAUUUUUAUGUAGUUUCCAAUAUAAAGAACACCCUGUACAUCACAUGAGAAAUAAUAUAGUGGCUAAAUGAAGCUGAAGUUCAACACCAGUUUUGACGUUUGACUAACCUCAAAAAAUGUUUACAUUUUUCGUUCCAAACUACAAGCAAAUUUUCAAAGGUUUUUUACAUUUUGCACCUACAAAUUUAAAAAUCCUUUAAUAGAAGCCAUUUAUUAUUAAUUGUGCUUUUUAAAAUGGAGUCUAGUAAUGUAGAUUCUGAAAAUAUAGACGAGGACAUGGAUGAGAAACUACGAGGAGAUGCUGUUGGUGAUACUAUGUACAGUGCUUCAUUCAUCACAAAAACUCUAAUGAAAUUAACUAACGAACCUUGGACCACAAAAGUCGAAGAGGAUUUGUGUUUCUUGUGGGACAUGACCCUUGAGAAAGACAUUUGUGAAUAUCUACUUGAACUGUCUUACCCAUCUUUAGUAACAGAUUUGAUUAAAGAAACACAAGAGAAUAGGUUGAUUGAAAUCCUAAUCGGUAUCUUAGCGAAUAUAUUUAGUGUAAUUCAAGACAAGAACAAGUUAGACAUUGAGAUUGUUGGUAUUCUUGCACAAGUAUAUUCUGAGGACCCUCUAGUUAUUGUACAAGUUAUGAGAUUUAUAAAAGCUGUUGCAUUCUUCUAUGAUAAGGUCAAUUUUAUAGAUAGAGACGUUUUUGAGCAAAUUAGAUUUAUAUUACGUAGUUCAACCAAUACUGAACUCCUUACAAUUACCUUGGAUACUAUAGCCAAACUUACAGACAAUUGUAAAAUAAAUUUUAAUGUUAUAUGUGGUGAUAUCAUUCCAGACAUGUUUACAGGUCUCAUUGAAAUUAAAAGCAAUAAUGAUUUAGGGAGCUUGGAUGUUAGAACUGCAUAUGUUCAUGUAAUGCAAGUAAUAUGUAACAUCUCUUCAUACCAAGACAACUCGGGCAAUAUUUUACUAGAUGAGAUAAGAAGUUAUUCGAAUCUAUGUGUUACUGAAAUCUCUCACAUAUUGGAGUACUUUUCUGUAGAAGAAAACUUACUGCCUCUUCCAAAUGAACUGAACUUUUAUGCUGAAGCAGUUCUGUACAUUUUUGAAAUUCUAAAGAUAAAGAGUUACCUAGUAAUUUUUGAAAGCAUUUGUAAAAUAAUAGCCAUUCUAUUAAAAGAAGAUUGUGAAGAAGUUAAAUUAUUUUUAAAAGUUUUCAAAUAUAUGGUUUUAAAUGGUGAAUUAAAGGAUUUGCAAGACUCUGUAUCAAAUGUUUCUUUGGAGUCGUUUCAUCGUAUUUCACGAAAAAUUAAAAACAAUAAUGAAGCUUUAAGUGAUAAAUUGAGAUUAAUAGAAAACUGUUGUAAGAAAAGUCACAAAACUUAGCAUAUUUUAUUAUUGUACUGUAGGUUUGCAUUUAUUUUGCAAAAUAAAGACUUGAACAUUCUUA